GUCGAAAAUAAUAAGUGUAUCAUCACUCCUCCUCAAUUGGUAUAAAAGAUGCGGAGGAUUCUAAUUUGAUCAUCAGUCAAUUUUGAUCUGUUCCAAUACAAACAUCUCAAUAAAAAUGAAAUUGUUCAUCGCUUCUUGUUUGUUCGCUGCUGUUGCGGCUGGACGUUUGGAGAACACUUAUUUACCUCCAGGAAAUGCCCCAAGUGCUGGUGGAAAUGGAAACUUCUUGAACGCUCCUUCUGCUAAAUAUUUACCAACCAAUACCAACUCGCAUUUUGGAGCUUCCAGCAGGAACAACUUUGGUUCUCAAAGAUUCCCAUCGGCUCCAUCCACUCAAUACUUACCUUCCAACAACGGUCAUUUCGCCCAAUCCAACAGUUUCGUAGCCGAAACCCCAUCCUCUCAAUACGGUGCUCCAUCGAGGAACUUCGGAGGACAUUCCAACUUUCCUUCUGGUCAGUACGGAGCUCCAAGCAAAUACCAAUCCGCUGAGGCUAGGUCUUCCAUCCUUCGUUUCAACAACCAAAACCAAGGAGAUGGCUCUUACAGAUUCGCAUACGAAACUGAGAACAAAAUCUCUCAACAAGAAGCCGGUGAAUUGAAGCACGAAGGAGCUCAAUCCGUGCAAGGAUCUUAUUCCUAUCAAGGAGAUGAUGGUAAAACUUACACUGUAAACUAUGUAGCCGAUGAGAACGGUUUCCGUCCAAUGGGAGAUCACAUCUCCGAAGACAUCCAGACUUUGGCUAAGAAAGCUUCGCAAACUUCUUCCCAAGGAUACAACAGGAACGCUCAAGCUUCUUACUACAACGCUCCAUCCACACAGCAAUUGUACUCUGCUCCAUCCAGGCCGAGCUUCAACCAACAAUCUGGAUACCAAUAUUGA